GGCGGGAUGCGGCGGAGGGAAGGUCCCGGCGCUCCCUCCGCCGCCACCAGCCUCCCGCCGCUCGUCCAGGGCCCGCCGCGCUGCUUCCUCCGCUGCACCGUGUCCAGGGUGGUCUGGGCGGCCCCAAAACCGCCCGUCGUCGUCCGCCUGAGGUGGUGGGGGGAAACCUCCGGCGGCACCUUGUUCCAGCCCGCAUCCCGGCCCGGGCGUCCCGCCGGGAGAACCACCGCCCGCUUCCCGGUGCGCUGCGGGCCCCGGCAGUUCGCUGCGUAUUUGGCAGAUAUGGGUGUGCUUGUCCUGGAGGUCCUGACCAAGCUUGACCACCUCCCCAUUGGCAAAGUGCAGAUCACCAAACUGUCCCAGCUCUCUCCCAACCAUCCCAUCAAAGGGUCUUUCCCCGUGGUAUCACCAACAUCUGCUAAACUUGGAGAGCUGCAGGUCUCGCUGGUUCUAGAACCUCUGCCAGAAGUGUAUGACACAAGCACCACCACAGAGGGAAGUUUGGACCCUGCUCCUGCUCAAGGAAGCAGCAAGUCCCCGCAGCCCAGGCACACGCAGGUGGCUGUUGCUGACCCAGAGUCUGUUGACAACAGCAAAGCCACAAGCCCCAGUAGAGGAAAGGACCAUUUGCUCUUCCAAGAGAACUCUGAAAACAUAAAGGACACUUCUCCUGCUUCUUAUCACCCUGGGAGUUUACCAGAUGAGCCUUGGAAAAUGAAUCCUUCAAAUCCUUCCCUGUUGUUUCCCCCCAGCACCAAUACUGGAAUGAACACACGGAUGCUCUCCACGAGCAACCCAGCUACAAAAGACCUGCUGUCAGCUCUCUUGGAUCAGGGCAGGAAACUCCGGGAUGCCAUGGUUGUCUCUGCAAUGAAAUCCAGCCCUGACAUGGAGAUUGAACUGAAUAAAGUGGUUCCACUUAUGGAGAGAGAGGAUUUUAAAGCAUUAACAAGGAGCCCCAAAGGCUUGAAGUCCAGUUUGGUGCUCCCUCCUGAAGAUUUCCAUCACUUUGAAUCUGAAGUUUCAGAGCAGCAAUUUGAUCUAAACUCUGAAGAAAGAGCAAUCCAGUUACUGCUGGGCAGUGCUGAUUUCUCUCCGGGGCCUUUGUGGGAUCGCACAGGAUCCCUUUGGGAUUCCCUCUCUCUUGGGAGUGAGGUGUAUGACAGUGAACUGGGGGAUCCCCAUUAUGACCAGAGUCUGCUGGAGAGACUUUUUUACACAACUCCUAAAUCUGAUUCCAGUUUAAGUGAUUCCCUCAGUGAUGAUGAUGUUAAAUCCUCAAACAAAGCAUUGAAGACAGAAACUCUUAGGAAAGCUAAUCCAGCAAAUCCACAGAAAGAUUUUAAUGCCUUUGAUCAGAAUGUGAUAGAAAUUAAACCCAGCUGCUCUCCUACUGCUCCUCCAGAAGAUCACAGGGAAGCAGCUCGCAUCACAUCGUUGGAUUCAGACAGGUUGGCAUUUCUGCAGCAAAUACAUCUGGCCAGAGUCAUCAUUGACAGACUGAAAAUCCCUCUUAAGAGCAUCCAGAUUUACCAGAGGAAGAAAGAUUUAAUGGGAAAGCCUCCACGACCUGCAUCUGUCAAUAAGUGCACUUUCUUUGUGGAGUACCACUUUCCCAUGGGAGUCUCCAAGGAUAAUAAGGGACAGGUCUCCAUAAAAACAGAAGUAAUUCGAGUAGCUUCAAGUAAAAUCAUAGAUGAUGGGGUGAAAUUCCAACAGCGGUCUGUGUUCCCUGUCCGUUUUGGUGGAACAAUGAUAGAGCACUGGUGGGACUCUGACCUUGCUUUUAAAAUCUACAUGAGGAAAAGCACCCAGAAAAAGCCCGUGGCCAUUGGCUCAGCAGUGCUUCAGCUCCGCAGGGUCAUCCAAGCCAAGCUGCUCAGUGUCAGCUGGGAAAUACCUGUGGAAAAAGAGGGAGAUCACCCGCAAGUUGGACCACUUACGGGAUUCUUAGAGCUUGCAGCCGACAACAAGGACUUCACCUGCACAGCUGCCAGGUCAGCUCCUGCUGGGCAUCGAGUCCUAGCUCAUGCUGUGAGAAGUCCCCAGCUGGAAUUCCAGGAGUCCAACAGGAUGAGUGCAAAUGCAGAAGGCCCUCACUGCUUGAGAACAAGCUCUGAAGAUUUCCAGAAGGGAGGAGUGGGCAGCAGGAAAGUCGUGGCCCAGGAUGUGCUGACCCAGAUAACCCCAUCUGAGGAAGAUGGGUUAUUGCUGCAUGUGCUACUGAUGGUGCCUGAUGGGAAGGAUUUUGUUGCUGGAGACAAGGGGCUCCCCAGUUCUUGCAAUGUGUAUUUAAACUGCAAACUGCUCAGCACUGAGGGGGCAACGAGAUCCGCUGUCGUGUGGGGCUCAACACAACCUGCCUUCAAUUUUUGUCAGGUGAUGCCUUUUCCACUGAGUUCCAAACGUUUGGAGAGGCUGAAAGACAAUGUCAUGAUUAUUGAAGCCUGGAACAAGCUGGGAAGCACUGGCUGUGACAGACUGCUGGGAUUAGUGAAACUUCCUCUGCAUCAGUUUUACAUCUCAUUCAAAGACCCAAAGAUUUCCCACCUGCUCCUCCAGGCUCAGUACCCAGUGGUUGCUGUGGACAGUUACAUGCCUGUGGUUGAUGUUUUUACUGGCAGCACAAGCGGAAGCCUCAGAGUCAUCUUGGCGAUGGGAUCAGCUGAUCAAAUAGUGGCACUGCAAAGGUUAAAGAAUGGAGAAGGAGUGUUACCUUCUGUCCCACAACGUCCUUCCCACUCUCUGGACCCUCCUCCUACAAAACCCACAACGCAGAUAGACCCAGAAGGGGAAGACCUGAUGGAACACGUGUUUGAGAUCCACGUGGAGAGUGUGAAAGGACUCACUCCCUUGCAGUCCACGGUCUGGGGAGAGGCCGACUGCUACGUCCAGUACCAUUUCCCAGUUCAGGAGGCUGGUUGUGCUGCACUGCAAGGCUCUGGAUUGCAUGAGGAUGGUAAAUUUGGCAUCAAAUUGAAGCCAUUUCGAACAGCAACCACUUUGUGUGUCCCUGAUCCCGUCUUUAAUGAUGAGCAUCAUCAUUCCCUGGUGGUUCCUGCUGAUGUCCCAGUCCAGAGGCUCCUGGUCGGUGUAUUUAUGGCCCCAGGAAUGGCUGGAGGAGGAAUCCAGUUUGAAGUCUGGUGCAGGUAUUAUUACCCAAAUGUCAGAGACCAGCUGGUGGCAAAAGGGACCUUGCCUUUGUCACGGCUCUGUGCCAUGGUAACCAUGCAGCAUCGGGAAGAAAUAGGGAUACAGACUUUUAAUCUUCCAUUGGUCCCCCGGACUGAUACCUCAGAGGAAUUUCAUCCACGGUCUUCAGGUUUGCUCGAUGUGAGUGUGAGAUACCAACGAUCCAUGAAAAAAGCAGGAAUAACUGCUCAAGCUGUUUCACUUUCUGUACACAUACACAGAGCAGCAGGUUUGCAAGCAGCAGCCAGAGCUGUGGCACAAAAAAACCCCGCAGUCCAGUACUAUGCAGGUGUGGGAGUGAAUUCUUAUGUCUCUGUGCUCCUCUCCUUCCUGCCUGAGGCAGAGACACAAAACACACAAACCGUGGCUUGUACUUUCUGCCCAGAGUUUGAGCAUCAUGUAGAGUUUCUUUGCAGCCUCAUCAUUCAGAAAAGCAGUGGAGAAUCCUCUAGUCUGGGGGAACUCCUGCAGUCUGGCAUCAUCAUCUUCUCUAUCUACCAUCAGAACACCAAGUCAGCCACUGACAGAUUGGCUGAUCGGGCAUCGAGAGAUUAUCUCCUUGGGACAGUCACAAUUCCAACCAGAGACCUGCUGACAAGAAGAUCAGGUAUUUCAGGCUGGUUCCCAGUGACCCUCUCCAACAAUCCGAUGCCUCCACACUGCACAAACGUCACACAGGCCAUUGUGGGGGGGCUGGAACUUUCUGUUACCUUUGCUCAUUGGGGUGACAGAGAGCGUGUUUUGGAAACUGCUAAACUCCUGGGAUGGAGCAGUGAGGAGAUCCAUGGAGACAGCACAGAGGAGACCAAGGACUGGGAGCAGAGUGCCAACCCAGUGACUGUGACCAUCUCUACCCCAAGAGUGUGGCUGCCACUCCACUGUGUGCUGCUGGCAGGCCAGACACACCUCGAUAAAAGCACUUUUUGCUACCUCAGGUAUAAGCUGUACAACCAGGAAGCCACGUGGACUUGGCUUAGGCGGCCAAAAUUGAGCAGCGACACAGAGAAUGUCACAGUGGACUUUAAGAAGCCAAACAAGGUGACGCUCAGAAGGAGCCAAGGGCUGCUGUGGUUCUUCAGGGAGGAGAAAUUAGAAAUCCAGGUGUGGUGGGCAUAUGGCAAAGAAGAUGAGGUGGAAAGACCACUUGAUACAGAUCGUCUGAUUGGAUCUGCCUAUGUCGACCUCGCAGCGUUGGCAGAGAGAUCAAGGAGAACACUAAGUGUUAGUGGAGUGUAUCCGUUGUUCAGAUGCAACGCUGCAGACUUGGCAGGAGCUGCUGUGCGUGUCCACGUCAGCCUCGCUCCCACUCCUGCUGCUCUGCCCAGCAGAAUUCCCUGUGCCCAGGAAUGCAGCAGCAGUGAGGAUGAAGGCACAGGGAAACCCCCUGAUCUGAGCCAGCAGGUCCAUGAAAAUCAGCAGCUGGAUAUUGUAAGUCCAGGAAUCACCAAUGGCAAACCACAGGAAGAAGAUGUGAUGUUUCUGGAAAACACAGUUGCUGUCAAUAUCCUUGUAGAAAGAGCAAUGCAUCUAAGUUUAAAAGGAAGUCCUUUGACAGAACGGGAAGUAACAGCCCCCAGUAGCUGUGUAUCAUUUGCUGUUGCUGGUGCAGAUGCUCCAAUAACCACUCCAGUAGUAGAAAAUACAGACUCACCAGUCUGGGACUUCCAGGAACAAGCCAGAUUAUCCAAAGAGCUUCUGCUGGAUCCACAGCAAACCUUGGUCUUCAAAGUGUGGCACAAAGCAGAGACGGAGCGAGUGAUUGGAUUUGCAUCCGUGGACCUUUCCCCUCUCCUUUCUGGCUUCCAGCUUGUGUGUGGGUGGUACAACAUCACAGAUUUCAGUGGGCAGUGCCGAGGACAGAUUAAAGUAGCCAUUUCCCCUCUCCAAAACAUAAAUUAUCUCAAAGAAGAAAGACAGGCCAGGGCCCGAACCCAGCCGGAAAGUUCUUCCGGGAAGGCAAGCUUUCUACCAUUCCCUGGUAAUGCUGCAAACCUUUCCAAGCAGAUGCUGAAUUCCUUGUCAAAGGAAGUGAGUGUUUCUACCCAAGAGUGGGCUGUUUUUAGCAGGAUUAGUACGCCUGGAACACACACACCUCGUCAUGAAGAGCACAUGAAGAAUGUGCGCAGAUUCCAUGAAUCCCUGCAGCAGGAAGGGAACACGCGUCGGGCAGCAAGGCUGGACUCGGCAUCGCGUGCCGGUCUCCUCACUGCCCUCAGAAAAAACUUGAGUGAGCUGGAUGAGGUUCAAAGAUACUUCAGCCAGAAGCUGACCAGGUCUUUUCCUGACUUCAGUUACGGCAACACAUCCAAACCAAGCCAUGAGGAGCAGGAGAGGGACCAUCAUGGCUCCAUGAGCAGAGAAGUGGAUCCCAAAGGAUGCCAUCUUUUGGAAAAAUCCAGUCAGUUGGUGUCUCAGGUCAGCAGUCUAAUCAAUGACUUACAGACCAUAACUAAAAAUAGCAAAGAAGCUUCUAAUGUGCAUCCAGACAGUAGCAGGAAGCCAGGUGCUGUGGAUGCAUCCAGCUGGAAGGAGGAAGGAGCCAGACUCGAAGUCCAUCAAGGCCGGCUAGAGUUGGACCCGCCCAGAAUUUCCAGUGAUCCACAGCAGCCGUGCAAUUCUGGGAGACCUGUGUUUGAGAGACACAUGUUGCACAAACUCCUAGACCCCAUUGUCCCUGAAGAUGAGCAUCCAAUGGAUUAUAUCCAGGACGAUGAAGGUGCUUUUGACAUCCAGCCACACAGUGAAGAGGAAUAUGAGGAAGAUGUUAUAGAGCCACAAACUCUCAAUGAAAUAACAACCAUAACAGACAGGAUGAGUCCCUGGUCCAGUGUGAUCUCUGAAACUGGGCAAGGGGCUGAGCAGCAUUCCAUGGACUCCAGGCCUGGAGAUCAGCACUCCAUGGAUGUGGGUUGUUUCCAAAGGGAAAACAGCAGCACCAGCAUCCUGCAAGGGGACAACCAGAGUGAGCUCACCACCCUGAGCCCAUCCAUGAGCCCCCAUGCUGGUGGGAAUGGCAAGAGUCCUUGGGAAGCAACGGAAGGCUUCCAGAGCUUCAACAGCGGCAUGGAAACAGCAGAGAAGGAGCCUCUUCAGCCUGCUGGACAGAGCCUCUGGGACAGAGCAUUUAACUCUGAACCCAGAAAGAAGAAUGUUGAGGUCCACACAGGCUCCAAGGAAUUACUGCCGUUCCCAGGAGACAUGGAUUUGAUCAAUCCAAAAACCAGAAGGAGAGAGGAGGAGGAAAACGCAGAGGAUUUAAAUGAAGAGCAUCAUGACAAGGAAAGAAGUGGUUCUGAUGAGAACUGUGUUAGGAGUGUAUCAACCCAAGCUGGCUCAGAAAGAAACAGUGAGAGUUUUCCUGAUGACGCCAGUGAAGACCCACUUGAAGGGUCAGAAAACUCCAUCAAACCAAAAAUCACUUCAUCUGAUCCUGUCAUUGUUCCGAACUUCUUCCUCCCACCCCAGGAGAUGGAAGCCUCCAUGAGACUGCUCAGCACUUCUUCUCAUGCUUCCACAGUUCUGAAAGAGAGAAGGAGCGGAGCAGUACCAGGGGGCAUCCCAUACCGAAGGCCAAAUCAUCCCAAGCCCACGCCCAACCUCUCAGAAGAGGAAGCCCAAAGAAUUGCCAGGAUCUUCUCAGCUCAGCUCUCCAAGAAGGAAUAGCAUUCAUGAGAGACCAUCAACAGUGGAGCUUCCCGAUCCCAACCUUUGGAUCCUCCAGUAGAGGGCAGGUGAAAGCCACAGCUUUCAGGCUCUGCUUUUAGUUUGCCUAAUUGGUUGGUUAAUUGGGCAUCCCCUAAUUAGAGGGGCUUAAAGCCUUUGAUCACCCACAGGGAGUUACGUGACCGUGUGUCUUGCAGGGGCAGGUCCCCGAAGAGAUGCACCCCUGUGGGUGACCCAUGAGCUCUCCACAUAGUCUAAUUUUGGGAUAUAUUCCUGUGAAAUCACCCUUUCAAAAAUAGCUGGUGGGCAGCACAAUUUGCAGUUUCUAGAGAUGCCCAGAGUGCUUGAGUGAACACAGGCCAAGGGCACUGUAAAACACUGCUGAGUGUACAAAAGGGGGGGGACUAGAAAGAUGAAAUUUUUUUAUCCUAAAUUAUUUUUGUAUAUUUUUAUGUCCUGCACCUUUUGGAGAACAGACUUUGAUGCCAACAGAGCUCAGUUAUUUUUGUACUACUCUCUUUCUAGUCUUUGUGUUUCAAUAAAAUUCCCCUGGUUUCUUGUCA